AUGUCUGAACUGAAAGUUGACAACGGCGGGAUGUCGCAAAUGGCCAACUCCGGGCCGCUAUCGAUCCUUGCGUACUGCGGUUCGUCGAUCCUGAUGACGGUGACCAACAAGUUUGUAGUUAACGUGGAGAACUUCAACAUGAACUUCGUGAUGCUGUUCGUGCAGUCUUUCGUGUGCUCGCUGGCUCUAGUGGUGCUACGGGCGCUCGGGUACGCCAAGUUCCGUCCGCUCAACAAGACGGACGUCAAGAACUGGUUCCCAAUCUCCGUGCUGCUGGUGGCGAUGAUCUACACGUCGUCUAAGGCGCUACAGUUCCUGGCCGUGCCCAUCUACACGAUCUUCAAGAACCUGACUAUUAUCCUGAUCGCGUACGGCGAAGUGCUGUUUUUCGGCGGACGCGUUACUGCCAUGGAGUUGUCGGCGUUUUUGCUAAUGGUGCUGUCGUCCGUGGUUGCGACCAUGGGUGACCGCCAGGCGCUAGCGAAGAAGGCCAGUGAGCUCGCCGCCGCGGCCACCUCCGAGGAGGCCAUGGAUCCCACUGCGGGCUACAUCUGGAUGUUCGCCAACUGCAUCUCGUCCGCGUUGUUCGUGCUGAUCAUGCGCAAGCGCAUCAAGCUCACCAACUUCAAGGACUACGACACCAUGUUCUACAACAACGCGCUGGCCAUGCCUAUCCUGUUGAUCUCCUCCUUUGUGCUUGAGGACUGGUCCCCAGAAAACCUCACCACUAACUUCACCCGCAACACCUUCACCGCCUUGAUCAUCUCGGGUCUGGCCUCGGUUGGAAUUUCCUACUGCUCUGGCUGGUGUGUCAGAGUCACCUCCUCAACCACCUACUCCAUGGUCGGUGCUCUGAACAAGUUGCCUAUCGCGCUUUCGGGCCUAGUCUUCUUUGACGCCCCCAAGAACUUCUUGUCCAUUUUCUCUAUCUUCCUAGGGUUCUUGGCCGGUCUUGUCUACGUCGUGGCCAAACAAAAGAAGCAGCAGCAGCCCGCUGCCAAGGCCUGA